CACCAUCAAGCGCCCACUCAACCCACUCAUCUACCACCAUCCUUGGACCUACCUUCACCCACUCCAAAGAUGGCGACCAUGGCUCUCUCCUCUCCUACCUUCGCCGGCCGGGCUGUCAACGUCGCCCCCUCCUCCUCCGAGCUUCUUGGCGAUGGCCGUGUGACCAUGAGAAAGGGUGCCACCAAGCCCAAGCCCGUCUCCUCUGGUAGCCCCUGGUAUGGUCCAGACCGUGUUAAGUACCUCGGCCCCCUUUCUGGGGAAGCUCCUUCCUACCUCACCGGUGAAUUCCCCGGUGACUAUGGCUGGGACACCGCUGGUCUCUCUGCUGACCCAGAGACCUUUGCCAAGAACAGGGAGCUCGAAGUGAUCCAUGCAAGGUGGGCCAUGUUGGGGGCACUUGGGUGCGUCUUCCCCGAGUUGCUUGCUAGGAACGGAGUCAAGUUCGGCGAGGCUGUCUGGUUCAAAGCCGGUGCUCAGAUCUUCAGCGAGGGAGGACUUGACUACUUGGGCAACCCAAGCUUGAUCCAUGCUCAGAGCAUCCUGGCCAUCUGGGCUACACAGGUCAUUCUCAUGGGUGCUGUUGAAGGGUACCGCAUUGCUGGUGGACCACUCGGUGAGGUGACCGACCCACUGUACCCAGGUGGUAGCUUUGACCCACUGGGUUUGGCAGAUGACCCCGAAGCUUUCGCAGAGUUGAAGGUGAAGGAAAUCAAGAAUGGCAGACUUGCCAUGUUCUCCAUGUUCGGGUUCUUUGUUCAGGCCAUUGUGACCGGCAAGGGUCCAUUGGAGAAUCUGGCAGAUCACUUGGCCGACCCAGUCAACAACAACGCCUGGGCCUAUGCCACCAACUUUGUUCCCGGCAAGUGAAGUAGUGCUUGACACUACAGAUUGUAAAUGUGAAGGACUGUGUGAUCUUUUUGAUGUAUAAAAAAGUACUUUUCUGUCCAAAAGAACACAAUAUUUUUUUCACUUGGGCAAUCGGUGUAUUACAUCCAAUUAAUCUAGUGUUUCAAUUUCCAUAUAAAAUGGACACGUUAAGUGCCAUUUCUAUCA